AUGACAAACUUUGCGCCGCCACCAUUACCACCGCCCCCGCGGAUUAGUGACCUAGAGAAUGGGUACGAUGCGGGCUGGAUACAUGCGAAUUCUAGACUCUCUCAGGGGUCUACAAAACUAGCUCCUAUCAACCCUAACUCAAGUCUUCUUGGGGACCAUCGUCGCCCAGAAUAUUCUUUACCGCGACUCGAUCCCAUGGCGCUGGAUGAAUCAGAUGGCAGACAGAACGGUUUACCUUCUGCGAGGAGCCCUGAAGCGCAUAUCAAGAUUGAGCCCCCUCCACCGGCCGAUGAAGGGUUCCGUAAUUCUGUCUCAAUUGGCAACCCCGGACCUUUUCUCAAAGGCGAACAUGACUUUUCUCGACGAAGCGUCAAAGAUUCGUCUCAUGCCUACGACCAACAUCUUCUUUCGAAAAUCGGAAAACCAGUAUCACCACGGCAGUCGGUCAGCAUGGCUACAGAUAACAGAGCCUCAUUAUCAACUCUUCCGAUACCGUUAAGGAGUUUCUCGAGUUUACCCUCACCAGCCGGCUCCGACGUGCCGUCACUUGACGUACGAUGGUCGGGCAGUUCUCAGUCUGGCGGGAUAUCACCAAACACAAAGGUGGCAUGGAGAGACUACAUUGGCCGUCGAAGUCCGAGUGUCGAGAGCAACGCGCCAUCCUCAACACUGGAGUACAAUGAUCACUCGCCCUUCUCCCGCGAUGGUCGCCGUAAGGGUGGGACAACUCCCCAGUAUGACGAUCUAUCCAGCCUUCCAAGUCGGUCAAACCGAGGGAGCUACGAUCAGAGCGUUGUUUCGGAUAUGGAAGGUGAAUUCUCCACGGACGAAUCUCUGCCGUCACGAUUAUUCAGCGUCCGCGAAGCGACGCCGCCGUACUUGGAGGCCACUCGGUCUGGCACGAAACGAAGGGCAUCGUCCCCACCGCGGGAGCCUAUAGGCAAUGACAAGCAUUCGCUCCACACCACAACAAGCAAUGGCGAUCUUUCUCAGCGGAGAACCACUGGGCACCCUUUCACCAAUAACCUGUCGGUAAACAGUGGCUAUACUCAUAGUUACGGGAGUCUAUCGGCCGCUUCAUCCGUGAGCAUGCGGACUACUGCCUCAUAUUCGUCCGCCGCCCCCUCCAUAGGCAGCAGCAUUACUACCGCAUCGACGUACGACCGUUCACCCACAGGACUGUCGCCAAAGUCUGAUCUUGACGCAUUUCACGAAAAGGCAACGAUCAACCCGGGCUCGACCGCAAGUUUAUCUGCUCAAUUGGCUGCGCAAAUUACACAAGAUAACGGUCUUGACUCGUCUAGUUCGAACCCUUCAAGAAAGAUGUCGUUCCAGACAAAUCUAAAUGUUUCCAACCCAUCGACAGCGAAGAUUGGUGGAUUAUAUAUCUGUGAUUGCUGCCCCAAGAAGCCAAAGAAAUUUGACAAGCCUGAAGAGCUUCGGUUCAAGAACAAGAACGAGGCCGAGCGCCACCAGAACUCUCUCCAUCUCCGGCGCCAUUCAUGGUCCUGUGCCGCGCUCCCAGGGUUUCAAGCAGCAUUCCAUCCAUCACCGUCGUCACAAUCAGGCUCUAGUGCCGCUUCGCACGAUAGCUGCGGUUACUGCGGUGAAGAGUUCCCAAAUUAUCCCCAGCCCGAUUGGGACUCCCGGUUUGAGCAUCUCACUGCCGUCCAUAAAUUCGGUGAAUGUAAUAACUCGAAGAAGUUUUUCCGUGCGGACCACUUUAGGCAGCAUCUCAAACAUAGCCAUGCGGGGACUAGUGGCAAAUGGACUAACAUCUUGGAAAACGCCUGCAUGAAAGAGGAGGCGCCUCCUGAGCCUAUCAAUGCGCCGCCGAAAUAA